UUGUUGCAGGAAGCGGGGACUGGCUUGCUACUAUUUCCAGCGGAAUACCCACGAGAAAGUUGAGCGUUUCCAACGGCAUAAAGAUGACGCGAAGACCCCGAACAACAACUGCCAAAAAUGUGGUGUACAACGAUAUGGACUCUGACCUGUCCUUUUCCCAGACAAAGAGUAGUGAUGAGGACAGUGAGGAAUGGAGGCCUUCAGAGCCAAAGCCAAAAGCCACCAGAAAGACUGCCAGUGCCCCCGCUGCAGGGGAGAAGAAAGCAGCUGCCAAGAGAACUGCUAAACCAAAGGAGCCAAAAGCACCCAAAGAACCUAAAGCACCCAAAGUACCUAAAGAUCCUAAGCCAAGGGCACCACGCAAAUCUGCAGCAGAGAAAAAAACACAGGCCUGUACAGCUCUGAAGGAUUCUGGUGCAUCUGUGAUGGCUGGAACAAAGAGGAAAAAAAAUGAUGAUAUAGAGCAGGAUGAUAAGCCUGGAGAAGGCAAAGGAGAAAAACAAACAGACUGUCCAGCGGGAGAGAGGGCUGAAGAAAGUGGGCCCAGUAUCAGAAUGAAGGAGGAGAGGGUGUCAUUUAUUGUCUCAGGAGCCCAUGAGGCAGACGGAUGGGCAGGCGAGGGAUCAUCGCUAGCUGGGUUUAGAGCAAAGAAGGAGGAAGUAGAGGAGGAGGAUUUCACGUUUGAUGAACCCUCUCUAAAGAAACAGAAGACCAGUGGUGCCUGUCUAGGACAACCAACUGCUUUACCUUCAUCAGAAGCACAAGCCCUGAGGAAUGAGCUCAAUAUGUGCUGGGACUUGACUGAGGUGUUGUCUACCUUAACAUGUGUGCAGCGGUGGGUUUGUGUAAACAUCAUUGCACUACUUCGUGAAGAGAACACCGUGCCAUUCAUGGUGCGCUACCGCAAAGAGAUGAUUAACCACAUGGAUGCUGAUGCUGUCCGGGACGUCCAGCUUGUGUACGAGGAGUUAUGCACUCUGGCCAAGAAGACCCAAUCUGUGAUUCAGACCCUGAAGAAGGAUGGUGUCUUGACAGCUGAGUUGGAACAAAACCUGAGGAGCUGCCGAUCAGCUGAUGAACUGGAUCAUGUGUAUUCUCCUUAUAAAAAAGGGAGUAAGCUGACAAAGGCUCGCAGAGCCAAAGCACUUGGCCUUGAGGUGGCUGCCUCUGCACUGAUGGACACACCACACACUCUGGAUUUAAGGGCAUGGGUAAAACCUGAUACUCAAGGUCUGUCAUCGGUGGAAGAAGUGGCUACAGGUGUGGAGCAUAUCUUGGCUGAUAUGAUAGCCAAAGACCCUGAGACACUCACCUACGUGAAAACAUUGUGUGAGAACAGUUUUGUGACCAUCCAAUCCUCCGUGUCUAAGUCGGCGGUAAAGGAAAAAGAACAAGAGAAGACUGCCCAAAGCCAAAAAAACCCAGGGGCCCAGCAAAACAAAAACAAGGAUAUUGACAAGUUCCAUCUGUACUUUGACUUCACCUGCAACAUCCAGCGCAUCCAGGCCCAUCAGACCCUGGCUAUUAACCGAGGGGAGAGUCUGAAGAUUUUGACAGUGAAGGUGAACAUUCCAGACAGGGUGAAGAGUGACUUCACUAGGUGGUGCAUUAACAUCAGGUGGAGGCCGAAGACGUUUGGAAGAGAAGAGCUUCGUGCAAUCAUCAGGAAUGCAGUAGAGGACUCUUAUAAAAGGCUUAUUAUGCCCUUCCUCACAAGGAGUUACAGGACCAAGCUGACAGUUGCAGCAGAGAAAGAGUCGAUCGCCAUGUUUGUGCGGAACCUCCGUCAGCGCCUGUUGGUGUGUCCAGUCAGGGGUUGUGUCAUCAUGGGUGUGGACCCUGGCUUCAGACAUGGCUGUAAGCUGGCAAUCCUCUCCCCCACCAGUCAGAUUCUCCAUACUGAUGUUGUGUACCUGCAUAAUUCAGCCCAGCAAAGGGAAGCAGACAAACUGCGCCACCUUAUGAUCAAAUACAGCUGUACCAGGGUUGUCAUUGGCAAUGGGACAGCAUGUCGUGAGACUGAGUCCUUCUUCGCUGACCUCAUCUCCAGAUGCUAUUUUCACCCCUUGGACGUGUCCUACUGUAUAACCAGCGAGGCAGGAGCAUCCAUCUACAGCGUGAGUCCUGAGGCAGCCAAAGAAAUGCCAGACUUGGACCCUAACCUUAGGAGUGCAGUGUCCAUUGGAAGACGUGUCCAAGAUCCACUGGCUGAGCUCGUGAAGAUUGAUCCUAAACACAUAGGCAUUGGAACAUACCAGCAUGAUGUGUCAGCUGGAGCUCUGAAGGCGGCGCUGGACGGCGUGGUGCAGGAGUGUGUGAGCUUUGUGGGGGUGGACAUCAACAUCUGCUCUGAGACACUGAUGAGGCAUGUAGCAGGGCUGAAUGUGGGCCGGGCGCGGAAUAUUGCAGAGUGGAGAGAGCAGAAUGGUCCCUUCAUCAACAGGGAGCAGCUCAAACUGGUCAAAGGCAUGGGGCCCAAGACCUACCAGCAGUGUGCUGGCUUCAUUAGAAUCAACCCACAGACCCAGCACAGUGCCAGAUCCUCACCUCACCCUGUACCAGCAAUGCCAGAGAAACCAGCAGCUAAGAAGGGCAAAGGAAAGACUUGUGUCAAUAUACCAACCUCAUUUAACCCCCUGGACCAGACCUGCAUACACCCUGAGUCCUACGAUGUGGCACAGAGAUUUCUGUCCCUCGUGGGUGGGAGUGCAGACCAGAUUGGGAGUGCAGGCCUACGACAGUGUGUGGAGAGCAAGGUUAAGACCAGGAGUGUCGACGAACUUGCCAAGACAGUGGACACCACACCCGAGACCCUCAAACUCAUCAUAGACGGCCUCACGCAGCCCCCCGGGUUUGACAUACGACAAAAUUUUGGGCAGGCGGACUUUAAGCGGGGCAUUGUGUCGAUGAGUGAUCUGCGGGUGGGUGCGGUGCUGACGGGCCGCGUGGACAACACUACUCUAUUCGGGGCUUUUGUAGAUAUUGGUGUAGGCCGUGCAGGCCUUAUCCACAAGAGCAACAUCACCCUGGACAAGCUGCCUGUCAGUCAGCGCCGCCGCAGCCUGGCUCUGGGACCAGGAGAACGGGUGGAGGUCCGGGUCCUGAAUGUGGACCCUCAGAGGGGACGGAUCGGCCUGGACCUGAUAAGGGUUCUAGAAUAGAGUCACUUAAUUCCCAUAAUUAAUAUUCAAUAAUUUGAUUAGAUUUAAAGCUGGAAAUAAUGCACAAAGCUACAAAGUACCUCAUGAUGGUUACAGUGACUGUGGAUAAGAACUAAUGUGGUUCUUAAGAACAAGGCACUUUAACACGGAACCUGUUAAACAUAUUUAUAGGAAUGAUCCUAUAUUCUGCCGUUAUAAUUACACGCAUUCAGCCAAUGUCUGCAUUAUUUGUAAGGGCUUGAAGCCUUUAAACUGCAGUUCUUGCAUUUUUCCUGCACAAAUGGUUCAGUCAAAGACUGUUUGUUCAUUUUAGUUCAACUCGGAAAAGCAGUUACAAGUUCAGUGAGAUAAAAUUAAACCAAACUUCCUUACUGUUA